GCGUCCCCUCCGCUGCUGACCGCCCUGGCCCAGCCCCCAGAUCGCAGGAGCCGCCCUGAAAUGGGGCAGUGCCCCAGAGCGGUGCAGCAGAGGUUGCCCCUGGGGGGGAAGGGUCGGCAAAGGCCCCUCUCGGAAGUGUCAGGGCCUCCCCUGUCUCCCCCACAGGCUGUGCGGGUGCUCCCCACGCGGCCCCGCACCCCCACCUACGCAGGUCUCCUCAGCCCUCACACCUGCCAGGGAGAACAGCUAGGGUCGGGCGCCCCCACCCCUGGGGCUGCUUGUCCCUAACUCCCUCGUCCCCUUGUUCUCCAGCACCCGUGACUUUCCCACACGGGGCAGAUGCCUGCCUGGGUGGCGGGUGGACACCGGGUUAGCGGGUGCACGUCUCCGGUGACCGGGCCCGGAGCGCCCCACAGGAGGGGAAGGGGCGCCUGGUCUGGCCUGAGAGCCCCCGGGCGCAGGGGAGGUGGGUGUGGGGCUCGGUGCAGCAUGGGUGGGGCAGGGCCCUGGGGCAGUCGGGAGCCGCUGGGCGUGCAGUGCAAGCGCAUUAGCCUGAGCGGGCAGCCCUAAUCAGCUUAGCCGCUGCGGACACAAGCCAGGCCAGGCCUGUGCGGGAGCCACCGGCACCCGGGACCUGGGGCCUGCGCGGUGCUGUGAGUAGCGGCCUCCCCACGCUGGUCAGUCUGUGCCCACCUGCCCAGCCCACUGUCAAGCGGCAGCGUGGCCGUCCCCAAGACUGGUGGCCGCAGAGCCUCAGUCACAGCCCGCCGCGGGCAGGGCAGGUGGACAGCUCCGCAGAGGGUGGGCACGGGCCCGUCUGGGCCUCCAGCGUCUCGGUGACCAGCAGGCCCCCCAGGCCUGCUCCAGCCACCUCGGACCCCACAAACUCGCGGCUCCGGGGGCCGCGCCUCAAGCCGGCCUGGCGGGUCCAGGGCAGCCCUGCUCCCCGCCCGCACCACCCGGCCCAGCCCUGGGGCUUGCAGCCGCCAUGGCCGGGGAGGCCCAGGAGGUGGUGGGCAGCAGUGAGUCCCGCUCAGCCCCAGCCUGGCUGGCUGCCGGGGUGAGCUCCUCCCGCUCAGCAGGAGCUAGCUGCCCUUGCCCAAGGUCAUGGGGCUUGGGGUGCCCUGGGGUGCAGGGGGGUUCUCUGGCUCUGCCCUGCACCCUCCUGCUGUUCGGAGGUCACUGGCCCUGCUGGGCAUCUGUGUGCUGGGGGGGUCAGGUGUCUGCCCCCGGGUUGGGCUGGGGAGCACACGGGGGGUGUUGGGGGGCCGCCCCGAGCAGGGCGGGUGUCGCUGGCCACACUGACGGCCAUCUGGCCUCCUCGGCCUGCUGGGUCGUGCCUGAGGGAUCAACAGCAGGAGGGCUGAGCGGGACCCGCCCCGGCGCCCCAGCCCCAUCGCGAGCGCGCUUGGCAGCCAGACGUCACUGAGACCCUGCCGGCCUGGCCAUGAACCUGGAGCUGCCCAAGGCCGAGGUCCGGUCGGCCACCAGGGUGACUGGAGGGCCUGUCACCCCCAGGAAAGGGCCCCCCAAAUUUAAACAGCGACAGACCAGGCAGUUCAAGAGCAAGCCCCCCAAGAAGGGCGUCCAAGGGUUUGGGGACGACAUUCCUGGGAUGGAAGGCCUGGGCACAGACAUCACAGUCAUCUGCCCCUGGGAGGCCUUCAGCCACCUGGAGCUGCACGAGCUGGCCCAGUAUGGCAUCAUCUAGCCGCCGCCGGCCCCUCCCAGGACGCCACCUCGGCCACCCAGCCCCCUCCGCACGCCGCCUGGCCUGGGGCGCUGAGGACAGGCCCUUCCCCGCUGACCAGGGCCUGGGGGCCGCCCUGUGGCAGGAGUCGUGUCCUGGCUGUCUAAUGCAAAUAAAGUGAUGGGUCUGGCGCC